CGUGACAUCACUGAUUAUUGUGCUGGACUCCCCUCAACGCAGCUGUAUACGUUAAGGAUCGUUUUGGCUGGAACAAAGGAUUUAAACUCCAGUUUUGUUGUGGGCAGCUCUCCAUCCUCAAGCAUGGUUCAAAAUUACAAGCAGAUGUCCGGAGACUGUUCCCCAACCAACACAGAGGAUCUACUCACACCAGCACACGAGGAAAAUGUGCGAUUCAUUCAUUACACUUGGCAGCGUGUAAUGAGAGAAAUGCAGACUUGCCAGGGAAGUGAAAACAAUAACCAGGGACCCCAGAAGUAUGUGGAGAGGAUGCCAAACCCUACACUGAGCUCUUUUACACCAGUCGACUUGAAUGAUGUGAAAAGGAGAAACACACAAGACUCCAAGAAGUCUUUAUGAAUUUUUAAAUCUAAACAGACUGAUACAGCAUAAACGUCUUGCCUGAUGCACUGAUUUUAUUCAGACCAUUAUCUGCUGAUCCCUGAUCCAUAUCCAUUCAAGUGAUAAGCCUUGUUCAUUGAUGCCUACUUCGUCCAAUGUAUAAAAACAAAAGAUUCUCCCUGAAAUAAUGUUUAUAACCUAUAGCUUUUUAUAUUUCUCCAGAUAUUAUUUUUUUUUGUGUAGCACUUUUUUUCUUCCAAGAAUGUAUAUUUUUGUAGGCCAAACCAGAAGUUAGCAUCACCCUAGUUGCCCUAGACAAAAACCCAUCAGGAUUUUUCUAUUGGCUUUUGGAUUGUUGCAGAACAUAAGCUGUGACCAACAAAAGGUUAUGAUUCUUACAAUCGUAUGUUUUGUUCAAUGUGAUAAUCUUCAAAAAUUAACCCAACCUUUAUGAAUUUUGAAGCCUUAAUACUAUUGGCAGAAGUAAAAAGCCAAUUGUAGGCUAUAAACGAACUACAGUUCAGUCGACUUCCAUGUCACCACCAUUAAGCUUCCAAUAAUUUGUAUGUAUUUUUUUUAUUUCCUUGAAAGCUUGGGUUAUAAUAGUUUUCAAGAGUGAGAUUAUAAACCCAUUUAGGCUCUAAAAGAAAAAAAUCAAGUAAUACCUGUGUGAUGAUGUUUAAUGGCCCCAACAAACUCUGUAUUCCCAUUUAACCACAUGUUAGCACCUGCCUUUUUCAAGGCAAGUAUUAGAUUUUAAAAAAUACAAAGGAGUAUAACUGAUGUAUUUUAUGUCGUGAAAUAAAAACAUGGAAAUAUCUUGAGCUUGUGUUACCUUACUUCAGGUAUUUAACCAAAAACCCAUUAAAUGCUAAAUUCGAUGCUAAAUUCAGGUAGUGCUAAAAUGUUUGGUCUACAAAAAUGAAUGAUCCCUGCAGCACUCUAUUAAUGCUUAUGUAAAGAGGCAUAUAUGCCAAAAGCAUGUCUUUUUGAUAUAUGAUUAUCACCCAUACAAACCAACAAAAUGUUUCACAAAACUUACAAAAAAAAAA